AUGGCCAUCACCAUGAAAAGAAACCUCUCCAUCUUCCUUUUCAUCGCCAUAACCUCCAUAGCUUCAACACAAGCAGGAAAGUUCAACAUCACAAACAAGUGCAACUACACCGUCUGGGCCGCCGCCGUCCCCGGCGGCGGUGUAAAACUCAACACCGGCGAAUCAUGGAACAUGAACAUAACAAACGGCACAAGCAACGCAAGAAUCUGGGGUCGAACCAAUUGCACUUUCGACAACUCCGGUAUCGGAAAGUGUCAAACAGGUGACUGUAACAACACUCUCGAAUGUAAAACUUUCGGUACACCACCAAACACAAUCCUAGAAUUCUCUUUGAACAUGUACAACGACCUCGAUUUCUACGAUGUUUCGCUUGUACAAGGCUUUAACAUCCCAAUUAAGUUGACACCUUCAUCAAGCUCUUGUGGCACGGUUAAUUGUACUAGGAAUAUUAACGAUGAGUGUCCAGCACAACUUAAGGUACCAGGUGGAUGUAACAAUCCUUGUACAACGUUUGGAACACCUGAAUAUUGUUGUGACCUAAAUUCUGCUAAAUCUGUUGCUACAAAUGCUUCUGCCACGUGUGCUCCAACAAAUUAUUCUAAGUUCUUUAAGGAUAGGUGUCCUUGUGCUUAUAGUUACCCUAAAGAUGAUGCAACCAGCACUUAUACUUGUAUGGGAGGAACUACCUAUGAUGUUGUGUUUUGUCCUUAA